GGUCUCUUUCUUUAAUUUGGGUAAAAUUUAGUGGUGAGUAGGGUAUUUUUGAAUGCUUCCUAGUAUACACUGCUUGUGGUUUUUGAUCGGCUCUGUUCUUCCGGUUUUCAUGACCGUUCAGCUGGAAGGAAGGGAGCAAUAUUUAUUUUCGCCUACAAAAUUAUGCUUAUAAAUUACUGUUUCUCACAGUUUCAAUGGCCGCAAAAUUUAUGUGCAAGAGAAAACCCUUGAACAACUACAUCAACCCAUUUCACUCAUAUUCACUUAACAUCAAUAACCCUAACACCCUACAUGCCCCGCAAAUCAACAAAGCAUCCCAUUAUUUUCACAGAGCAAAACGCAUUGACAGGCUUCGGCUUUUACUUCACUACAAACCUUGGACACCCUCAUUACCAAAAGCUCUGGAGAGAAUUGAACUUGACACCUUCGUUGUAUCACAGGCCCUGCGCACUAGUAAACUAUUGCCACUCACAGCUCUAAGCUUCACCGAAUGGUUGAAAUCCAAGCCGGAGCUGUACAACAAUCAUUACACACACCACUCAAUUAUAAAAGUGCUCAGCGAUGCUGGAAAGGUGGAACAAAUGCAGAGCAUGGUCGAAGAAAUCAAAUCUGGUAAGUACAAAAAGGUUUCUGUCAGUUUUAUGGAUUUAUUGCACUGGAAUGCCAGAGCUAAAAAUUUUGAAGGGGUAGAAAAUAUUUGGAUUGAAAUGAAAAAGAAAAUGAAUGAAGAAGAAGAAAAAGAAGAACCUCUAAAACCCAAUGCAGAGUUUUAUAAUAUUUAUAUUGAUAUGAUUGCAGAGAGGGGUAGGUAUAGUGAAGUGGGUAGCCUUUUCUUGGAGAUGAUUGAGGCUGGUGUUCUUCCUAAUGCUAGGACAUAUACUGUCCUUAUUAAGCACCUUCUGAAAUUGGGUAAGUUGAAUGAGGCAUUUGAGGUGUUUAAGAGAUUACCCACAUUGAGGGUCAAACAUACUGCCAAACAGUACACUUUAUUGGUGGAAGAGUUCGCUAGAAUGAAUGAUGUGGAGUCAAUGAGAUUGCUUGUUCGGGAGAUGCAAAAUGAUGGGGUUUUGCCUAGUAGAGCAUUGAUUUCUGCUGUGAGGAUUUUGAAGGAUGCAGGGUUGGAGGAAGAGGCCGAGGAGAUUGUGAGCUAUCUUUUACCUGAUGCUAAUAUUGAGGCUCUUGGAAUAUCACAAAUGUUUGAUCUUGAUAGUGAUGACAAUGACAAUGGUGAUGUCGAUGGUUAUGGUGAAGAUGACAGUGGAGAUAAUUCAGGGGAACCUAGUCAGAAUUUGAAACCCUGGUUGAAUCCAAAUGCCUUAGCAAGUGCCCUGAGUGAUUGGAAUGAUGCAACAAUUAUUUCUCUUGAGAAGGCGAAUCUUGUGUGGAAUACUAGAUUGGUGUGCAAGGUUUUGAGGGCAUUUAAGAAAAUUGAUGUAGCUUUGGAGUUUUUCCAUUGGGUUGCUUACCAGCCAGGAUUUGCACAUGAUAUAUAUACAAUCUCGAGAAUGGCUGUGAUGUUGGCACGUAAAGGGAAAGCUGAAGCAGUAGAUCGCUUGCUUUUGAAGGCAAGGUCAGAAGAAUUAAAGUUGUCAGUAAGCACAAUGAGAUUGAUAAUUGAGGCUUAUGGUAUAUCAAUGUAUCCAGAUGCAGCAUUGAGAAUUUUCAAAGAGAUUAAAUUAUUUGGUUUGAAACCCAACAGAUUGCUAUAUUCAUCUCUGAUUCAUACUCUUGUGAAAUGUAACCAGGGGUUAAAAGCUAAGGAUAUUCUUGAGGAAAUGAUACUUGCCAAUAUCUGCCCAGAUAUUCAGAUAUUUACCGUUCUAAUGCAGGACUUUGGAAGGGCAGGUGAUUUAAAAACAGUGCAGCUUCUUUUUCAAUGGAUCAACCAGAGUGGUGGUAAGCCAGAUGCUCAUUGCUAUAGGAUUCUUAUCCACGCAUACUGUGAGAAUGAGAGAGCAGCUCUAACAUUCAGGCUUUUUGAAGACAUGAAAAGUACAAAUAUGAGGCUUGAUGCUGAAACCAAAACCCUACUGGUGAAUAGUCUCUGGACGCAGGGUAAGUUGAGAGAGGCAGCAGAUGUAGAGGAUGAAUAUGAGAAAGAGGGACUUAAUUUACCUAAGGCCUUGCCUGGCAGUAUAUGGAAGGCGAGCGGUGGAGAUCUAAUGCUGAUAUAUGAUAUUGUUUCCAGAAGCUUUUUAUAAGUUGAGCUUUGAUUAGAUGCUGAUCUUUGGAAACCGCCAUUCCUUACAUCAGUCUAUGGCUUUCCUUCUGCAUCAUGCAAGAGAGUGCUCCUGAUAUAGCUCGCUACCCUGCACCUCCACUCUCACUAAAGGAAAAAUCCAAAGAGGGAAUACGAUGCUCUUUUUCUCUGGCAAUUAAGUAUGCGGUGAAUUGUAACACCAAAUAAUUUGCCAAAUAUGUUGGGAAUUGAUAUUUAUUUUUUGUGUUAAACUAAAUCAUUGUAUGAGUAGUGGUCAAUAACAUUUUUGUGUACCUAGGACAAUUUGGGGCUUCAGAAACACUCGUCUCUUUCUCUUGCAGAUCAUGAUUUGUAUUGAGCAUAUUAUUAGUAAUUAUUUUGGGUUUUUUAAUUCAUGCUGAAACCUAAUGCUAACUUGGCAAACAAAUGCUAUGCUCCACAUGUCUAGGACUAAGGUCUUUGUAGAAGGCUUAGGGUUACCUGUGGAAUUUGUCAGUCUAGUUCAGGGAAUAUGCGUUAACACCUCAAGUGGGUUCUUUAUGUAUUAUCAAUUUAAGGGGUCUUAGCAUGAAUUCUCAAAAAAAAAAUAUAUGCCACGUCAUGCCAUUUCUGCAACUGAUAAACUCUGUCAGCUGGGUUCCUCCCUUGUUGUGCAGUUUCCUAAUUGUGGGUAUUUUGUGUUAACUUUUUACAAUU